UUGUCGAAUUUACCACCUCCAAAAAAAAAAACAUUUACUUUACCACCUCAUAAAAAAAUUAAACAUCAGUUUUACCACCUCAUCUGAGCUCAGGUGACGGAAAACGCUUGUGGGGCCCAGCAUAACGGCUAGUUUUUGAUUUUUUCCCAAAUUUCUCUCGAUUUCCCUUUUACUUAAACCUAGUUCUUCAUUUGUACACCAAAUUCUUGCAGAUUGGAGAUUAAUUUUUGCGAUUUUCUUCACAAAUCAGUAUUUUUGGGCAACCUUAACAAUCCCAAACCCUCUAAUUAUCAAACAAUCAAUUGAACUCCUCGACAACAAGCAUCAAAAAGAAGGGAAUGUCUUCAGUUAGCAUGUCACCCUCAAAGGAGAAAAAAUGCCAAUGUGGAGUUCCAAUGUCUAGGCUGACUGCUUGGACUAGGGAGAACCCAGGACGCAAGUUUAGGACCUGCAAAUUCUAUGAUCCUGUGACUGAGUUAAGGGGGUGUAAAGCUUUUGAGUGGGUGGAUCAACCAGAUGGAACACCUUGGAAAACAGAGGUGAUUAACAACUUGCUGCUGGACAAGAAACUAAUGAAGGGAGAGCUGAAUGACAUGAAGAGGGAAGUUGAUGAUGUUAGUGGACAAAGGAGGUGCUUGCUCAAUGAGAUUGUCAGCUUGAAGAUGAAAUGCAAAGCUCUUAGCUCAGACAGGAAGAAGAUGAUCAAGGAAGUGCAUGGCAGCAAUGCAACAACAAAGAAAAUGCUCACAGUACAUGCUAUUGUUGUGUUUUGUUGUUUUGGUUUGGUACUGGCUAUGUAUUUUAGACCUUAGGUUCAUUUAGGAAUGCUUAGAAACAAAAAAAAAUCCCCAACUUAUGUUGUGUUUUGUUGAAUUAUUAUGUGUGGAUGUUGGGAUGACAUUUCUUGUACUACUUUUAACAAAAUCAAUGAGAAAUGGAACUUUUUGGUAGAAACAUAUCACAAUUCGUAUUAGUACUUGCAACACAAUGUUUGAAAUUGUUUUACAUUGGCUGAGACAAAAGUUAAGGCACCUUUGUGCAAAAUCAUUGUUCAACUACCA